UCUCGGUUCAUGCGUGUUCCCCUCCAAAGGAACUGACUAGUUACAGACACAAUGCCGACCGCUAUGCAUCUAAUUAUGCUAGCCCUAGUGGGCCUGACCAAUGGUCAUGCCAAUAAUUCUUAUGAAAAUGUUUUGGAAUCCAUAUUAAACGAAUUGGAGGGUGGCUUGGAGCUUCAUCUAACGAAACCAUCCGAUUUCGACCACAGUUUGGUCCAAUUUAUAUUGAGACAAUGGAGCUGCACAUUGACCAUCAGUAGCACCGAGACUAUGUCAUCGGAGGAGGAUGACAUCUUUCGUCAUCAUUUUAUGCUGUUCGAAGAUGUCAAUGAAAUGUCGGAGUAUCUGCCACAUCUGAAGAAUCUCGGUGGUUUCUAUAUCCUGGCCUUAGUCCACACUCCACAGGACAUGGCUAAGUUGUUCAAAUUUACGGCUGAUGUUUGGCUGCAUCAUGGACAUAGUCGGAUCUAUUAUAUUCAACUGGACAUGGAUCGCAUCUUAGUCUAUAAUCCUUUCAAGACAAGUCUAGAGUUUGUUAAUGACGCGACGACCUAUAAACAUAUUUAUGGUAAUUUAAACGGACAUCCUUUAAGAGUGUACACCUUCGAUUCGGUCUAUUCGUUGGUCUUUGGCGAUGGAGCCACCAAGAAAGUUCUUCGUGUCACUGGAGCUGAUGCCAAAUUGGCCGAGGAAGUAGCCAAAGUAUUAAAUUUCACUCAGCAUUUUCUUUGGCCAGAUGAUGAGUUCUUUGGAGGUCGGACACCGAAUGGUUCUUACAGCGGCGGUGUGGGUCGUGCUCAUCGUGGGGAGGUUGACAUCAUAUUUUCUGGAUUCUUUAUCAAGGACUAUCUCACCACGCAGAUUCAGUUCAGUUCCGCUGUCUAUAUGGAUGAUCUUUGCUUGUAUGUGCAGAAGGCCAAGAGGAUUCCACAAUCCAUUCUACCACUCUUUGCUGUCCACGAGGAUGUUUGGUUGUGUUUUUUGCUGGUGGGCUUAAUAGGUGCCUUCAUUUGGCUUUGCUUGCGGGGAUUGAAUCUCGGCCUGCACAUCGAACGAAUUGCAGAUGGAUCGAACGAGAAAGAGUAUCCUGGCUUUUACUCCCUGGCCAUGCGUAUCUUUAUCGACACUUGGGUUGUUUGGGUAAGGGUCAAUGUGGGUCGUUUUCCACCCUUCAAUUCGGAGCGCAUGUUUCUCGUUUCCUUGUGUUUGGUUAGCGUAAUAUUUGGAGCCCUAUUGGAAUCCAGCUUGGCCACUGUUUAUAUACGUCCUCUGUACUAUAAAGAUACCAAUACUUUAGCUGAACUGGAUGCCACUCAGCUGCCCAUAUAUAUCAAGCAUCCGGCUUUCAAAGAUGAUCUCUUCUAUGGUCACGAUUCAGCUGUGUAUCGACGUCUAGAUUCCAAAAUGACGCUUGUGGCCGAAGGUGAGGAGCGCCUCAUUAGCAUGAUAUCAAAGUUGGGCAGAUUCGCAGGAGUCACGCGCUCUGCUAGCCUGGAACUGAAUGACAUUCGCUAUGUUAUGACCAAAAAGGUCCACAAGAUACCCGAGUGCCCCAAGAACUAUUAUAUUGCUUACGUUCUACCCAGACCAUCGCCCUAUCUGGAUGGCAUCAAUGGAGUGAUACUGCGUAUUUUGGCAGCUGGACUCAUGGAUCUGUGGACUGGAGAGAUGAAAGAGCGUGCCCGUUGGAGUAUACACAGAUUCCCCGAAUAUCUGGCCGAACUAAAUGUGGGCAGUUGGAAAGUUUUAACCCUAACUGAUGUGCAAUUGGCGUUCUAUGCCCUUGGCAUUGGUUGCCUCCUUGCAGCAGCUGUCUGGCUCCUGGAGAUGUGUUGGAAAAACAAAUAA